UUUAAUUCUGAUUCAAAAUAUAUAUGUAUUUUGUGAGACAAAUACAUAUAUAUGUAUUUCACUUAAAUGUUGAAUGAACAAGCGCCUGGAAUAAUUGAAAAUUAUUGUGUUUGUUUCUAUUUCUUUCUUAUUUAUUAAGUUUUUUAUAUCGCUGUCUUUUUAUAUUGGCACAAGGAAUAAUUAAACUUUUUCCAUCAAUAAAAUUGUUUAAGUGAGCAUUAUUCAGAUGUAAAUCUAGUCAUUUAUGUGUUGCGUUUAUAUCGUCACUAUAUGGCUAAAAAUACUAGAGAUAUUUACGUCACUAGCGGGGAAAGUAGUAAAUUUAAAUUUAGACGCUCCGGGGCCACAUCAGCCAAAACAUCACUUGUACUAUCAUCAAUAAAUUUAAAAAUGGCCUAUUGCUGGGAUAACCGGGUAGCUUUUGUGGUAAAGUAUUUAUAUGAUAUAGACAGUAACGGAUAUUUAGAUGAACGCGACUUUGCCUGCCUGGCCCUUAGGGCCACGAUAAUCGAGGGCAAGGGCGAAUUCAGCCACUCCAAGUUGCAGGAAAACCAACACAUAAUGCUGAGCUUAUGGGAGGAGAUUGCUGAAUUAGCAGAUUUCAAUAAGGAGCUAUUGCAGGACGGCAAAAUCACUACAGAAGAAUUUAAACAAGCAGUACAGCAAUGUUGCCUUGGCAGGAGAUACGAGGAUUUUCCUCAGGCAAUGAAAAUGUUUAUAGAUUCCAACUUCAAAAUGGUAGACAUGAACGAUGACGGAGUGAUAGACGCCCAUGAAUACCGCUACAGUUGCAUCACAAAGUUUCCCAUUGAAGAUAUAGAAACUGUAGAUGAAGCUUUUAACAAUAUGCUAAGUGACGAUGACCGAAGAAGGGGCGGCAUUACGUUGUCCAGAUACCAAGAACUCUAUGCCCAGUUUCUGGGAAAUCCUGAACAAACUCCGGCCGUUUACCUGUUCGGGCCUUUGGCCGAAUUCUUUUGCGAGUACGAAUUAGUCGAAUAAUAAUUGUUAUUUUUUAUAUUUUGCAUAAUAAAAAGCCGUGUUUAAUAA